UCCGGCAUCAUCAUUACGAUGCUGCGCGCAUGCUCCCUGGCGGGAGAGGGCACUGCUCCGAGGGGGAAGAAAAAGGGCAAAGUCGAACUUGGCAUGAGAGUUAAUCGCGAGAGCGGGAGGUAGCCGCGCCGCGCCCCCUCCCUUCCUUUGCCUUGCUCUUUCCCACUUCAGCAGGUCCGCCGCCGCCGCCGCGCCAGCCCGCGCCAUGGUGCUGGACAGCUUGGCCCGCAUUAUUAAAGUGCAGCUGCCCGCCUACCUCAAGCGUCUGCCUCUGCCAGAGAGCAUCAGCGGUUUCCUCAGGCUGACAGUUUCAGAAUGGCUACGGUUACUGCCUUUUCUGGGUGUCCUUGCUCUGCUCGGAUAUCUUGCUGUUCGUCCAUUCCUUCCGAAAAAGAAACAGCAGAAGGAUAGCUUGAUUAAUCUCAAAAUCCAGAAGGAGAAUCCCAAAGUAGUGAACGAAAUCAACAUUGAGGAUCUGUGUCACACGAAGGCAGUAUACUGCAGGUGUUGGCGCUCGAAAACGUUCCCUGUCUGCGAUGGCUCUCACAACAAGCACAACGAGUCAACGGGAGAUAAUGUGGGUCCAUUGAUACUCAAGAAGAAAGAAGUGUAGCAACUCCUUAACUAAACCAUGACUGAAACGAAGGUCUACUGUUACCCCAUCUGUGGUAGUGCUUUCAGUCUAAGAGUUGCUGUAGUCUUGACUUUUAAUAUCGUUUUAGGUUUCUUUAGAUUUAUAGACUGCUAAAUAUGUUCCGAUAUUUUGUAUGGUAGGAAAAAUAAUGUCUAAUGUUACAAAAAUAUCCCCCCUAAAUAUUAGUGUUAAUCAGUGUAACAGAAUUACCAUUCCCAUAGUUUCCAUUUAACAUAUUUGGGAUGAACAUGCUGUAAUAAAACAUUAGACUAUAUGUGUGCCACUGGUCUUAUGCCAUUAGCGUGCCACUACUUAUGGGCACUUCUACAAUAUAAAUACAGUUGGGUUUAGAACCAACUGAAAUGUCAUUAACUUUCACCGAAGAACUAGGGGAACUGUAGAACAGAAUUCCUUGUUCUGACAUUGGGGUUAUGCUGAUUCUUUCUUGAGCAGAAGAGCUGUGGCCUAAAUCUUCACCGGUUCCCUAAGUGUGACCCAAGUCCCAUCCUUGCUUGAAAUGUCAAUCUAAAACGGGAGUUAAAUGAGGUGUGGUUUCAUAGCCUCUUACAGAACCACAGUUCUUGGGAUUUGUGGAAUGACAAUAAUUAACCAGUCUUCUUGGUCAUCACCUUUGUCUUAAUCUAUUUUCUGUUUUUCAGAAGCAAUACAGUUUGUACUUUCAUAAGAUUCAUGGCUAGUCUUCGGUGUAAAGACUUUUCCUGCUCAUAUUUAAGUUGCAGGGUUGGGUACAUGGAUAACAGACCCCCUUAGAGAAAUAGCAUAGUCUAAAUACACUCCAUGUUGUUGCAAACAGCUGCCUAUACUGGAUAACACUGGUAACCAUAAGCUAGGUAGGCAACAAAAGGCUACCACCUAGAUAAAAAACAAAUUCACACCAGGGUGUCCCAAACAAGAAAAGGACAAUCUUCUGGGCAUGGAACAGGGAUCACUGGGGGUGGGGGAGGGAUAUUUGUGCAUUUCCUGCAUU